AUGCUCGCCGGAAUACCAGCGAGCGCAAGAUGCGUUCAAAGAUUCGAUGAUUCACUGAAUUCUGCAAUUCACAUUACUUAUCACAUUUCGCUGCGUUCUUCAUCGAUGCGAGAGCCAAGAGAUCCGUUGUUGAAAGUUUUUUUUUGUUAUAUCAUUUCUUUAUUCCCAUACCAUUGA